AUGUUGGAGAAAGUUCGGGCUUUAAAUAAUGGAAGUGUUCUCCGUGGUUUUAAGAUCACGCGGGUGUUUAAUAUUGAUGAAUUCCGGCUUAAUGUUGUACAAAUGCAUCAUGAAAAAUCCGGCGCAAAUUUAAUCCACCUUAAUCGUGAUGACCCAAACCGGACUUUCAGCGUACAGUUUAGGACUACGCCGUUCGACAACUCUGGUGUCUCCCAUAUUCUCGAGCACACUGCUCUCUGUGGUUCAGAGAAAUACCCCAUUCGCGAUCCAUUUUUCAAGAUGCUUCGCCGUAGUCAGGCAACUUUUAUGAAUGCAUACACAGCUAGUGACUGGACCAUGUAUCCAUUCAGCACAAUGAAUUCUGUCGACUUCCAAAAUCUCUUAGGCGUCUAUGUUGAUGCCGCGUUUUUCCCAAGGCUGAAUAAGCUGGACUUUAUGCAAGAAGGCUGGAGAUUGGAACCUGAAAACCUAGAUGAUGAGUCCUCCAAACUGGUUAUCAAGGGAGUCGUAUAUAACGAAAUGAAGGGAGUUUUCUCCAACUCGCUGAACCUUCUGCAUCAGGCAGUGGAAAACAACCUUCUCCCAAUGAGCUAUGGUCACGUAAGCGGCGGUCACCCUGAUGCCAUUCCAUCCCUGUCUUGGGAGGCCCUGAAGAAAUUCCACAGCGACUUCUACCAUCCGAGUAAUGCCAACAUCUACACCUACGGCAACGUUGACUUGGACGACUGUCUCCAGUACCUGGAUUCUGAGUGUUUGGGGAAAUUCACUGCCCAGGAUCCCUCACCACAGGUUGUCCUGGAACCCAAGUGGACAGAGCCGCGGGUGGUCCGUUUGACUUGCCAGCCCGACCCCACACUGGCCGAUCCUUCGCGGACUGGCGUCGUGUCGCUUAGCUUCGCUCUCACCGAAUUACGACUUGACUCCAUCGUGCCUUCUGUGGCACCUAGCAAGGUUGUUGGUCCCUGCUCCGUCGAGUCGAUGGUUCGAUUCCCAACGAGGUGCAUCCGCGAAAUCUACACCAACUUUGCUCUCUCUAUCGCCCUGAUGCUCCUGACAGACGGAGAUAGUGCACCCCUGUACCGAGGUCUCAUUGAAUCCGGCUUGGGUCUUGAUUGGACUUGUCCGGUGCACGGAAUGGACCGAAAUCUCCGCACUAUUUGUUUCCACGUUGGCCUCCAGGGCGUGCGUCCGGAGGAUGUGGAGAAAAUCGAUAGGACAAUUAUGGACAUUCUCGCAAACACCGUCAAGACGGGAUUUCCCCAAGAACGCGUGGACGCCGUCCUGCACCAGCACGAAAUCGCGAUUCGCGAGGACUGUGCCCGUUUCGGUCUGCAGCUCAUUUUGGCCCUGUCGUCGGUCGUCAACCACGGUGGCGACGUGCUCACCUGCCUCGCCAUGAAGCAGCUGAUUAGCCGAUUCAAGGAGGACCUUGCGGCAGACCCUGCCUUCCUCCAGAACCUCAUCUCCCGCUACCUGGUCGCGAAUCCGCAUCGCCUCACCGUCAUUAUGCUGCCGGACGACAAAUUCGCGGCCGUCCAAACGGCUAAGGAGGCCGAACGAGUGGCCAAGGCUGUCGGCCAGAUGACCGAGGAAGGCAGAGCCGAGGUUGUCAGGCUGUGUCGCGAGUUGGCAGCGAAACAAAAGCAAGAGGAAGACCUCUCGUGUCUGCCGUGCCUGAGUCUCGUCGACAUCCCUCCCAAGUGCCGUCCCGAGCCCUUCACAGAAACCCAGAUGGGCGAGUCGCCGUUGCAGCUGAAUCAGGCGCCAACCAACGGCUUGACUUACUUCCACGCCCUCGCCAACAUCUCCGACCUGCCCCAGGAACUCCUCAUCUACGUCCCCAUUUUCACCUGUCUCUUCUCCAAGUACGUCUUUCUGUCUUAA